ACUUUCCCAGAGGAGAAGAAAAAACUGGUUCGAGAAUUUGAUGAGAAGCAGCGUGAAGCCAAUGAGACGCUGCGGGAAAUGGAGGAAGAACUGAAGUACGCUCCUGUGCCUUUCCGCAACCAAAUGAUGAGCAAAAUCCGAGCGUACAGAAGAGACCUGUCCAUGUUCCAGAGAGAGAUGAGAAGCACAGAUUUGGGAUUGGGCCGUGGAAGCCAAGGCGAUACAAAAUAUGGAAUCUUCGCCACAGAAAAUGAACAGAGUACUAACCUGCAGUCACAGAGGGUGCUGCUUCUCCAGGGCACAGACAGUCUGAACCGCGCCAGUGAGAGCAUCGAGCGCUCGCACCGAAUCGCCGCUGAAACUGAUCAGAUUGGCACGGACAUCAUCGAGGAGCUUGGCGAGCAGCGGGAGCAGCUGGAACGCACCAAGAGCAGGUUGGUGAAUACAAGUGAGAACUUGAGCAAGAGUCGCAAGAUUCUACGCGCGAUGUCCCGGAGAGUAACCACAAAUAAGUUGUUACUGUCAAUUAUCAUCAUCCUGGAACUGGCUAUCCUGGGAGGUGUGGUCUACUACAAGUUUUUUCGCAAGUGAUGAACCUUCAUGACCAAGAUGAGCUUUUCCACUGAUGAGGAACAGGAUGGGCUGUCUGCUCCCUUUGACUGUCUGAGGGUUGAACUGAGUCAUGAGACAGCACAUUGAACUGAAACUGUACUGACACUUGAAAGACAGAGAAUGGGAGUAAAAAGAAACAGGCUUGAACUACUGGUAAGAUUAA